GGUAUCAACAAAAGUCCAGAUAACGAGUAGAUGUGAAGUAUAAAAGCGAUGGGUAGCCUUCACUUGCAUCGAAGCCAUUGAAGACAUCGAAGUAUUUUAUAAAACGUAAACAUGGCGAUAUUAAAACACGCUACGGGUCUACUCGUGCUGUUGGCCGUCCUCAACUUGGUACUGGGUCAAACUGCCCAAGGAGGGCCCCAUACAUCUCAAGGCGGUCCUCACGAAUCUCAGGGAGGGUCCCACGAAUCUCAAGGAGGCCCCCACGAAGAUCAAGGCCGGGCUAAGAGGCAGGCCGAACAAGAUGGCGACGAAGACUCAGGAGUUGUGAGCUGGACCACCUGCGACCAGACUACGACGCCGAAAUAUUCUUGCCAAGACUGCAACACUCGUCUACUUUGUCUACCGAUUGGUGGGAAAGUAAUCGCUUGCCCCAGUGUGAACAGGCCCUAUUGCAAUAACGGCCGUUGUUCUGCUGUUCCUAGCGCAGGCUGUGCUUAAGCUAUGUUGGUAAUGUUAUCAAUGUAAAGGUUACGACGUUCUAUAUUUUUGUACAUGACCGUUUAAUUAACAAUAAUAAAUCUUAUCUAAUCUGUG